UCCGUUGACAUGGGCGGAGAUGAUUUGUCCACUUAGACCAUUCAAUUGAUUUAAUAGUGAAACCCGUCCACUGGGACUACCCCUUGUACCAAACCAGGUGAACGGAACAUAUCUCGUUGCCUGACUAUUCCACACGCAUUUUCAUUAUCAUCGAGUGUGUGUAUGCUCAAAUUUACAACAUUGGACAUAUCAAUAGAAUAUCAUCGUAAUAAUUUUAAUUUUGUAGAGAUUACGUGCCUGCCUUGCUGAGAAAUAAUUGCCACGCGACUGCUAGCAAGACAAACCUUGUACUGUCAACGACACCGGCGUGUUGUGUGAUGUUAGUUAGGUAGCUCACUAGCUAGCUACUCUAAUAAGUUCUCAGUUUGUAAGUAGGUGUAGCUAGCUACAUUGUUCGAGAAAGAAGAUGAGCUACUCAGAUUAUGAUUCUGACGGUUAUUCUUCCAAUGAAGACGCGGACUAUGUUCCGUCAGACGAUAACCUGAGCGAGGAUGACAUGAACGAGUGUGUUAAAGAGGAAGGGCUCGAGGGGGGCGAAGCGUCGGAUGACAUCACGAAGAGGAAAGGGAAGAAGAAGAAGGGAAAAGAGCUGGGAGUGAGGAAGAGGAAGAAAGGAGGUCUCAAGUUAGAGGAGGGAGAGGAGGCUGGCCUAGCAGAGGAGGAGGGAGAAUCGCAGGAGGAGGGGGUUGGACAUCCGGCCGCCCGGGCCAAUCAGGAACCAGAGGAAGAUAAGCAGCAGAAGAAAUCUGAUGACCUGUGGGCUAGUUUCCUGAGUGACAUGGGUUCCAAACCCAAACCGCCAGUUGCGGCAAUCCAGAGUUCCAACAUACUAAAGGCUUCUCCCUCCGAAGAGAAGCAGCCCACUGCCACCUCGGAAGGGCUGAAACGACCCGAGCUAAAAGCCCCAGAGGUCGCUUCAAAGGUCACCAUCACCAAGGUGUUUGAUUUUGCCGGAGAGGAAGUCAGGGUGACUAAAGAGGUGUCAGCAGACUCCAAGGAGGCCAGGAGCUUUCUGAAGGCCCAGGAGAGUGAGACUUCCCCAGAGGAAGACACCCCCCCCAGCAGACUACUGCCUGGACCCCCAGCUCCUGGACCUAGUGCAAAGCGCCCCGUGGGCAUGGGCAGCAUCCUGAACCGCCUGGGGGCCAAGAAGCAGAAGAUGUCCACCCUGGAGAAGUCCAAGAUGGACUGGGAUUCGUUCAAGACCGAGGAGGGCAUCGGAGACGAGCUGGCCAUACACAACCGGGGAAAGGAGGGCUACGUGGAGAGGAAGAAUUUCCUUGAGAGAGUGGACCAACGCCAGUUUGAGCAGGAGAAGAAAGUACGACUCGGCAACAUGAAACGAUGACCAGUCGACAGAUGGGAGCAUCACUCACACACUUAUACUUUCACACAAUCUUUUACACACACUCAAUCUUUCAUACAUUCACACACUCACUCAAUCUUUCACAUACACUCACACACUCAAUCUUUCACACACACACACACACACACACCCACACACUCAUUCAUGACUGGGCAGUCGAUUUGUGGAGCUGUAUUUUUAGUGGUGGUUUUCUAAUGAAAGGCCUCCUGGCUUGUGUGAGUUAUUAUAACGUCGCAGCAAAGAGUUUCUUUCUGUUAUUUUGUUGAUGUCAUGCUGGCCCCUGACUGUUUCAGUGACAGGAGAUUCUGGAAUACGUUGAAUAAACUCACUGUGUUUUGUA